AAUACGUAAGCGACGUCCAUUCCGCCGACCUCGCCGCAACACCCCCUGGGAUAUGUAGUGCGUGCCUUUCGCAACGCACGCUGCUCUAGCUCGGCCUUUUUUCCUGGCUUGGGGACAGACUACGUGGGAAAAGGUGAUGUCUCUUGAGGAAAGGCUAAAAAUCUUGGGAUAUGAAGGGUGAGCGAGCAACUGAGCCAGUUACAUUCGUUGUUAGAGACCAAUAACCGUGACUUACAAGCCUUUGUAACCAGGUUUUCCCCCGGGAUCUUCCAGAAAAGUUAAUAGACGUUUAGGGAACACCUUGCUGGCAAGUCGGGGCCUGUUGGCGGCGGCAGCGGUUCUUCUUAUGUCAUCCAACAUGUCUUCAGGCCAGGGAUGCAGGAAUUCUUUGACAAACGGAGACCUUCUUAGGAGCUAUUGGAUCCUCUGAAGCGCGGAGGACUCGGGUAGAGACCCUUUUUAGCUCUGUUGUACGCCUGGUGGAGAGGAUCCCUGUCACUUACAAACCUGGUCGGUGUUUACUGUGCAUUGGGGCUGUUCACACCUCCUACUUGUCCCUCCUUUAGUUACGAGACUUCCCCAGGAUUGCUCAGUGGGAGACUCAACAUCACUGUAUUCUAUCUACCUUUUGAGCAGCCUCCACUUUCAAUUAUGGAUGGAUAGUGCUGCAUGUUGGAAUGGUUCAGAGCCAUUAUAAUGGAAGCAAAAUCCAUGAAGGAAAAAGUUAUUUUUAUGGCAGCAUAUUGUUUCUGACUUGUAGUUGCAGAUGGUUUUCUUUGCCUAAGAAAAUUUGUGAUGUAAAUGAAAAGAUACUUUUUUUCUAGACUUGUCGGUUACAAAUAUGUUUCGUCUAAAAGCUAUUUGUCCAUUCUCCUGGAGAUCGUUUCAGUUUCGACCUUUCAGUUGUGAAUCAUUAAUUAUUCAGAUGAGUAAGUGUACAGAUGAAGAGCAAAUAUUUCAUCUUAUUGAAAGAAACAAAGCCACACUUACAGAAAAGCAAGUGGGAUAUGCAUUUAAUAUUCUUUGGAAGCUUCAAAAGCAGAAGACUAACUUGUUAAAAAAUGUUGAAUAUGUCAGAGAUCAUCCCCAAUUUCUUACUCUUCAUAAUUUAACUAUGAAUAGAUUCAAAUUAAUGAAUGAUGAUACCCUAGUGAAUGUGUUGUACGUCACACAACAGUUUGCUGUUGAGGCCCAUGACCCACUAGUUGAAGCACUAGUUACAGAAGCAUGGAGAAGGCUGGAAAGGUUUGAUAUUAACAUGCUGUCAAAAUUUUCCUCCUACCUGGUGGAUCAACAUUUGCAUCUUAGUCCAUUAAUGGGAAAAAUAGCAAAUAUUGUACAAAAGAACCUGGAAACCAUACAGGACUUAAGGUCCUUGUCUAUCUUGAUGGUCAACAUGUCUUCUUUAAUAUCACAACAUUUUCAAGAACAAUUAGUGAAUAAAACCGAACUUCUUUUUGACACUAUAGAUUCUUCUGAGGUUGACAUCGCAAGAAGAAUAGUACAGUUUCUUCAAAAUGUUAAAUAUAAUCAUCCCCAACUGUUAGAAAGUUGUAAUAAAGUAUUUUUAAGUAAUAUGAACCACCUUGAUUUGGAUUCCAUCAGCACAAUACUUAGUCUGUACCAGUCUCUACAGUUUCAUAGUUUUGAGUUUAUUACAAUGGCUAAAAAGAGGCUCACUGAAAUGAUUCCUCUGUUUGAUCACCCUGAUAGUUUUGUGAAAUUGUUUGUAGCAUUGGGACCCAUGGCAAGCCCUGAAGAAAAGAAACAACUGCAAUCAACUAUGUUACUGAUGUCAGAGGAGCUGACCAGCCAGCAAGCCCUGGCAGUGUUGGAAGCAAUGAAAGAGAUGGAAAGCAGAAAUUCACAUCUGAUUAAAAAAAUUGCUUCAGUUCUGCAUAAACAUUUGGAUGGCUAUAAACCAAAAGAGUUAUUGAAGAUAACUCAAGCAUUGAUUUUUCUACAUUUUCAAAGUAAGGCAGUUUUUGUGAAACUCAGAGAGUUACUGCUUAGUUACUUGAAAAUUAGUUUCAUACCACAUGAGAUUUCCAUUCUGGUCUGUGCUCUUUCCUUGCUUCCUUCUCCUCAUCUAGAUGAAGUGGGGAUGUUGCGAAUUGAAGAAGUUUUACCACAGUGUCACCUAAAUGACCUCAAUUAUUUUGCCACAUCUAUUUUAAAAUGGAUUCAGCAUGAUCAUAUGUAUUCGAGUAGUAUUACUACUAUGAAACAACUGAAACUACUUAAAAAAUUAAAUGACUGUGGUCAUCAGAUACUACAACAAAGCAACAGUUUAAACCUAUUAUGGGAGGAUCUUAGAUUUUCCAAAGGAGACUGGCUUCUUGACUCACUUCUGAAAGAAACAAUUGCUACGUUACAGCGUUUGAUGGAAGAAAUUAAUUACAAAAAUGUUGCAGGGAUUGCAUCUUUUAUUUCAAGAACUAACUACCUCAGUACUUUGCUACUUGAUAGGAUAGCCUCAGUGGUUGUUCAGCAGAUUGAAAAGAUCCAACCUUUUGCAAUCUUUGCUAUUAUUCUCCCAUUCAGCGUCUUGAACUAUGAUCCACCUCAAAGAGAUGAAUUUUUUGGAACGUGUAUGCAACACCUUAAUUCUCAAUUAGGUAUGUUGGAUCCUCUAGCAUUAGUGUUUCUUGGUUUCUCUUUGGCUACACUUGAAUAUUUUCCAGAAGAUCUGCUAAAGGCAAUUUUUAACAUCAAAUUCUUAGCUAGAUUGGAUUCUCAACUUGAAAUUUUAUCUUCAUCUCUGCGUAAGAAGGUCCAGUUUCGUCUUAUGGAGUUAAAUAGAGCAGUCUGCUUGGAAUGCCCUGAGUUUCAGAUUCCAUGGUUUCAUGACCGCUUCUGUCAGCGAUAUAAUAAAGAUAUUGGCAGCAUGGAUGGAGCACAACAGCAGAUUUAUAAAAUGAUAGCAGAGGUACUAGGAGGAGUCAAUUAUGUAAAAGCUUCAGUUCUUACUCCGUAUUACCACACAGUAGAUUUUGAAUGUAUCUUGGAUAAAAGAAAAAAACCUCUUUCUUAUGGAAAGCAUAAUAUAACUUUGGGAAAACUACCAGAAAUACACUGGGAAUCAAAUACUCAAAUAGUUGGAUCAAGACUGCCACCAGGAGCUGAAAGGAUUGCUUUGGAAUUUUUGGAUUCAAAAGCUUUUUGUAAAAAUCUCCCUCACAUAAAAGGACAAUCUGCUAUGAAAAUACGACAUUUGGAAAUUUUGGGCUAUCAUGUAAUUCAGAUCCCUCAUUUUGAAUGGAACUCUAUGGCGCUGUCGACAAAGGAUGCUCGGAUGGACUAUCUGAGAGAAUGUAUAUUUAGAGAAGGCAAAUCAUGAUUGUAGUUUUUAUUUAAAAUGAGUUACCAGCAGUGCCUGUAGCUCAGUGGGUAGGGUGCCGACCACAUACACUGAG